CCCUGUGGUGUGUUUGUAACAGUGAAACAGAACACACACGUUGUGGCAUCCAGAACAACAGAGGCUCUAUCAUGUUCAUCUUUAUGAUUCUGGGUCUGCUGGCUGGCAUCCAGGCACAAGUGACUCCUGUGUUUGUGCAGACAGGAACAGAUUUACUUCUGGAAGUGAAGAAACCUGUUGUUCUGAAGGAGCUAGAUUUAUUUACAUGGAAGGUCAAUGGCAGUGAUAAUGCUGUGAGACUAGUUCAUGGUGGUAAACCAACCAUUUCCACAAAUUAUAUAUCUAGAGCAGAAUUGUCUGCACAAAAUCACUCUCUACUGUUAAAGAACGUACAAAAGAGGGACAGUGGAGUUCACAGAGCACGUGUUUCUGCUGACAAAGAAAUCACUGUAGCUGAAUACAGCGUCACAGUUCUGGAUCCAGUGUCUGGAGUGAAGCUGACAGUGAAACUCUGCAGCUCAGACUCCACUAAGGUCACAGUGAUCUGCAGCACUGAGGACUCUCUCAUCAACAACACGUUCACAUGUGACACACAAACCUGCUCUCACGAGGGAGGAGAGCGAGCAGAGAUCAUCACACCUGGUGCUUCUCUGGACGUCUACCUGGAGAACGGCUCAGUCAUCUGUAACCAUAGCAACCAGGUCAGCUCUACCAGGGACAUCCAAAAGAUUGAAGAUCUUUGUAGAAAGCCUGAAGAGAUAUCUGGGGUUGGUUUCUCUAUCUACAGGCUGAAGAUAUACGUGGUCUCGAUCGGUCUGGUCAUCAUGAUGUGUGCCGUCAUCAGUGUUCACGUCGUAGAGAAGCUUAAGAAGAAAAAAUAA